GGGGCGGCGAGGGCGGGUGCCUCCGUUGGAACUACCUCUUGAUAAUAGCCCGCAACUAUUCUCACCUCCGGCCGAUUUCACGCCGCGUAAUUCUCAUUUCUUUCGACAAUCGAAUAUCCGUCGAUUACAGUGAUUAUUAUUUACGAUUUGCUGGAAUAACAAUCACGCGAUUAAUUUAUUAAGUUCCAUCAGACUUUGUUGACCUAUAUGAAUGACAGAGUAUGGGAUUUUAAUUUCUAUGUGGCUAAUGACUGGCCGGAUGAUGAGAUCUGUUUACAUUUUCCAGGCAUGACGUUAUCUCCUCAUGGUUUACUGUUCGAAAGUGUAGGCGUCUUCUGUCCCAACGAUCGACUGGAUCUGCUUAAAUUAUUAAGGGAGGAGGAUAUUUUGAUCGACUGGACGAAGCCUCUUUACAUCAAUUUCGUUCAUUACGAUAUCGCCGAGGAGUUGAUACAUCUUUACGAGGGCACAGGAACGAUCGAGAGGGUGAUAGGGGAUGUUUUUAUGUGCAAGGAUCCUCAAAACGUAGAUAACGUCGAGGAACCGGAUGAAGAAGCCCAUCCCGACAUUCAAGUUCAACCCUUGAAAGCGGAACACGCUGAGAGUAUUUACGAAUUGUAUCCAGCGAAUGAUAUGGAGUGUCACGAGGUUUUCCUCCGAUUGAUCAGGACGCUUCCCGCUGCUGGAGUGUUUGCUAAGGGUAGUUUGGCAGCUUGGAUGGUUCAGUCUUAUUACGGAGCCAUGUUUUCGAUGCAAACCAAGCCUGAAUAUCGAAGGAAGGGUUACGGGACGAAAUUAGCAAGGUACCUGACGAAGCAGGUCGCUGACAGAGGUUAUCAGCCUUUCGUGGUCAUACGUCCAGAAAACGAAGCCAGCCAAAGUUUGUACAAGAAACUAGGCUUUAGGAAAAUCUAUCAAACCGUUCGAAUGACGUUCAUGCCUUUCACGUGGCAAGAUGAAGAGAAUAAAACGACUCGCAUUUUGAGGGAAAAUUUGGAGAACGCUGUCAGACAGCUUACUAUCGAGCAACAAGUAGUGGACGCUUUCAGAAACGAUGAAAUUGAAGAGAACGAAGCUGGGAAUUCGGAAUUUGUGGUAGAGGAACCCGAGGAAGGAGAUGAGAAUCCUCCGGAGGAGGAAAAUAUCGAAGUGACGGAAGUAUCGACCGAAGAAAACGUGAAAGAUACGAUCAAUGAUACUGCAAAUGUCGAGGAUAAUGAUGAUAAUGCUGAAGAAGCAGUAAAUGAUGGUGAUAAUCAAGACGAUGGGGGAACAGACGGUGGGGACGCGGAAUAAUUAAGUACACGUUCGAUUAUUCGAUAAAAGGUCCAUGAUUUACGUCGUGUUACGCUCGCUCGAGGGUAUACUCCUCUUUCCAAGGCUGAUGGAAGAAAGAAAUCGAUCAACUAUUAGAAAAUUCACCUUACACGUAUGAUUUUAAAUGCAUUUUCAAACGAACUGCAACUCUCGUUUUAAAACAAUUUCUUAAAGUCUUUGUAAAUGAAACUUUGAAAUGAAAUCUGUAACAAUUGAAAGUAUUAGAUGUGAUAGGCAUGAUUAUAAAAUCAACCGAUUACAUGCAUCGAUGUACCUUGGCUAUCUUGGCUAAAAUGGCUACCUUUCGUUGGAAAGAACUCUCGAGCAGCAUGAAUGAUACAAGAAAAUAAAAGAAAAAUUAUUUUAAGAAUCUUAAUAACUUUACAGCACCCGCGUUCGUGCGAGGCUUCAAUUCGCGUACGAAGAAAUAUGUAUCUACGUACGGAUUCCUCAUAUCAGACUGCUCGAAGUAUGUCAUGAAGGUCUCAGGAAACAGGUAGACGUAUCCUUUGAAUUGUCAAGGUUAGAUUAUUUCAAAGUCUAUCUAUACCGCGUCAAAUAUCUUCCUAUUGUAUUUAGUGGAUUCGUUAUUUCAAAUAUUUAAUAUUAAAUUUAUAAUAAUUACGUGAAGUAUAUUUGAAAGUUAACUCCAAAUUAAUUUCUCAUUUGGUCGUACUUUUGGACUAAUCAUUGUAAUAAUAUUUGUAUCUUUGAUAAAAUGAUGUAUAUGCAUUCUUAUUAAGUAGUAAGUGUUUGAUUGUUAUUUAUUGAAUUAAAUCUAAUUAACAAGAAUAUGAAUAUAAAAUUCAAUGUAUUCAGUUUCUUCUAGAAAAAAGAAAACUGAAAGUGAUCAAUGAAAUUUGUUAAUCUAUUAGCGAUUAAAAAAUUACGAUAGACUUUGAAUUACAAUUUCUCCAUAUUAAAAUAAUUAAUUCUAUUUUGAAAAAAGAACAAUCAGCGUGAAUGAGUCGUCGUGAAACGUACGACAGUUGAGAAAUUUACGCGCUGAAUCAAUCUGUGAUUAUAAUUUCCCUAUAUAAAGUAGCAUUUCGAAUAAAAAUUCAGAAGCCUCGUGCGACCUCGACACGCUUUCCUUAAUACAAGUAGAAGCCAAUUACUGUGCCGGUGCGCUCAACCAUAGUAAAUUUCAGACACAUUGAAUUAUGGGAUAACAACUUUAACUCGACAAGAUUGGAAUAGGGUAUUGAAUGAAAUUUUAUUCUAAAAUUUAUCUACAAUUUUAACAAAUUAUAUGUGUGAUUGUGAUCCCAGUUUCAGAGAAAUAUUUAAUUAAAAUUUUACCUAUCUAGCUUAAGCCAUUUACAUUUUCAAGAAAUUACUUCAUUAUUUUUUUAUUGAAAAAAAAAAUAGUUUUUAUUAAUAUAAAAGAGUUUUUGAAGAAUGUAGUGCACAGACACAAUAAUCGGUCUAGCGUGCGAGCCAACGAUAAUAACAAUAAAUAAUAUUAAUAAUAAUAGCGAUCAUACAAUUAAUAUUACUAUUAGUUACAGAAUAUACAUGUAUAAUAUGAAUAUACGCGCAAAGGGAAGCCCGAUCAGCCCGGUUCGGUUAUUGAGAAAUUCUUUUUAAAAUAUAGGUGAUAGUUACUAUUUGUAUCAUUUUUUCUAUAUUUCACAGAUGAUGCAUUUUCAAUGAUACUCUACACGACAAACGUGUGAAAGAACAGGUUUAAAAAGUCGUAGCUGGGACGACCGGGCAGUUCCUCGAAGGCCCUCAAUGUCCCUCCUUUAUUUUGGAUUUUCGACGUUGCUGGGGGCCAGCUGUGAUAUUUUCCCCACUUACGCUCUGGUCAUAGUACCAAUAUUUAGAUUUAGACGAAACUUGAUUGUUGUUAAUGGGACAUGCUAUAGCUCAAUUCUAUUAAUAUUUUGUCAUGGAUGUGCUUAAAAUAGCGAAUAAAUUUGUUAUUUCGCAUUGUUUCAGUUAUUGACUCUUGGAGGACCAACGAAACUAGCAUUGACAGGAAUGGAGUAAAAUAUAAAAUUUGAAAUUAAUAAUGUUAAAUUCGGUAAUGUUAAAAACAUUACUAUAAUAUAUAAGUUAUAUAGCAUCAGUCCUCUAAGUGUAAAACGUUAUACAAUAAAAUGUCACGUACGUAAAAUGAUACAAUAAAAUUUAAUGUAUAAUUUAUAUUCUAAUAUUCCAAUUUAAAUAAUUACAAUAAAAAAACUUGAUAAAGAAUUUAGAAAUAAUCCAAACGUACGUGACUAUAUAUAUGUUCAAUGUCUAAAAACAAAUCUACAUACUUCCCUGCAUUGCUUGUAUGGUAAGCUUGUCAAAUUUUGUUUUGUCAAAGUUUGAAUUAUAACAAUAAUCAUAACCUAAACCACAAUCAAUUUCGUACACUUCUUAUACUGUGCACAAGCUCGAAUGGAAUUUACAAAUAUGAUUAAAUACAGUACGGUUAUUACAAAAAAAUAUAUAAAUUUUCGAAUCGAAUAAAUGAAAAGGGUACUGAAUUUCAAGUUCGAAAACUGUGAUUUUAUGCACAAGAAAAAUUCAUCGUAGUUCCUAAAAUUAGAACUAGAUAGCGGAGGUGGUUAGUGGCGCUGUUGUCAGGACAGUUUCCCUCCAUUUUUAAGUUAUGCAGUGCAAUUUUCGAUUCGAUUCGUUGAUCGCGCUAUGUCAAUUAUAAUUCGCAGUGUAAUAAUAUUACUUUUUGUGUCAUAUAUCGUCACUAACUAGUGCUUAAACACCAAGAAGAUUUUAUUUUUGUUUAAUAUUAUAUAUUUUUGAAUAAAUUCAAUAAUAUAUAACGUAUAAAUACAGAAUAAAUGUACGAUUAUAAAGUUUUAUAGACAAAAGAAACAUGGCAGUUCAAAAUUUAAUUAACGAAUAUAUUACUGAAUUUAUUUUUAAAUUUCGACAUUAUAUACCCUUUAUCCAGCUACUAAUUAAGGUAAAAAUUAAUUUUUAUAAAAAUAAUAUUGUUCUAUUGGAUAUUUUUUUAGUUUCGACUAAAAAAUUUUUAAUAGUUAGUGACGCAUAUAAUUUGCACAAAAUGAUAUUUUGUAAUGGCCGUACGAUAUAUAAUUUCGUUACGUAUGUUUGAACAAAUUGACUUCAAAUUAUAUAAAUCUGUUUCUUUAUUCAUUUUCAAAUAUAUAUCAAACCGAUAAUAAAAAAAAUGAUUUUAAAAAUUAAUUUUUUAAAUAAUAAAAAAUGCGUUUAAAAUUUUUUUAAAUUUUAUUUUUUAUUGAUUCAGAAAAUUAAUUUUUUUAACUUGACAUAUUAAUGACGUACGUAGUAAUUAUUAAUAUUUUUGUAGUUUCAAAUAUAGUUAGACGUUUAAUUUAUCAAUCAUAAUUUUUUGUUUUAAAUUAAAAAAGUAAUAUUAAUAUUAUUUAAAAUUCUGUUUUUAUAUUAUAUCUUGUUUUAUAUACACAAUUGUAAUGAAAAAAUAUGAAAAAUAUUUAAAUGAAAAAAUGAAAAAGAAAAAAAUAACAACGAAAUAAUUAAUACAGUUAAAUCUAUACGAGCCUGCAUUUAUAGUUUGUUAAUUAACAUCGUGCAAAUCAAUGUCUCGCGAAAUAGGCCUAAAAUCCGUCUAUUAACAUUUAAAUAUGUUUCUUCUACACUUAUUGUAAAUAUAUAUAUAGGAAUAUUCAUAUAUGAUGUACAUAUAUGCAUAUAUUCCUACUUCCUCGUGCACGUUGCUUUCCGCUAUAACAAAAUCUUUAUCUGAAGCAACUCUUAAAUUUCUGUCAUAUAACAUAUGAAAGUUACACAUAUGAAACUGUUGAAUAAAUAAAAAAAGAAUAUCGCGAGUGCAAAAUAAUCAGAAGUUUAUUCACUAUAGAGGACGAGAAAAUAAAGUUAACCUAUAAAGUGUAAUGUCUGGAAAAUGUAAUUUGUCUACCGUGUGUAGAUAUCGAUUUAUGUAAUUUGUGUGUUCGAUAAAAGCAAAUAGUUUUAGCGUGAAAAACGCUAGUUUUAUGCAAAUCAGACAUCAGAAAAGAGCUUUGGAUAAUGAAUGGAACAAAUAAAUAUGAUUUUUCAACAA